GCGAAAGCAUUUGAAUCUACUUGGCGGGAGUUAGUACUGUAGUGCGAACUGUUCAGCUAUGGAGUCUGCCUCGGGAAGUGAGGAGAAUGAAGAAGGUGCGGCGACAGAGAAAUGUGUGAAUAGGAUCCCAGUACCAAGACCACCCUCCAUUGAAGAAUUCACUAUAGUGAAGCCCAUUAGCCGUGGCGCAUUCGGGAAAGUGUACCUGGGACAGAAAGGCGGCAAGUUGUACGCGGUGAAGGUUGUCAAAAAAGCAGACAUGAUCAAUAAAAAUAUGACUCAUCAGGUACAGGCUGAGAGAGAUGCCCUGGCACUGAGCAAAAGCCCUUUUGUUGUGCAUCUGUAUUACUCACUACAGUCAGCAAGCAACGUCUACUUGAUAAUGGAAUAUCUUAUUGGUGGAGAUGUCAAGUCUCUCCUACAUAUAUAUGGUUAUUUUGAUGAAGAGAUGGCUAUAAAAUAUACUUCUGAAGUAGCAUUGGCUUUAGACUACCUGCACAGACAUGGCAUCAUCCACAGGGAUUUGAAACCAGACAAUAUGCUUAUUUCCAAUGAGGGUCAUAUUAAGCUGACAGAUUUUGGCCUUUCCAAAGUUACUCUGAAUAGAGACAUCAAUAUGAUGGAUAUUCUCACAACACCAUCAAUGUCUAAACCUAAGCAAGAUUAUUCGAGAACCCCAGGACAAGUCUUAUCUCUCAUCAGUUCUUUGGGAUUUUUCACACCAGUUGGAGAAAAAGAUAAAGACUCUGCAAAUGUGUUUUCAGCACCUAAGUCUGAAGCCCAACUUUCUCAAGGAUCAAUUUGUCCUAUGUCCAUAGAUCAAAAGGAGCCAAUUUCUUAUUCUAGCAAACUACUAAAAUCAUGUUUUGAAACACUUGCAUCCAAUCCAGAAAUACCUGUGAAAUGUCUGACUUCUAAUCUACUCCAGUGUAGGAAAAGACUGGGUACCUCAAGUACUAGUAGCCAGUCUCAUACCUUCGUAUCCAGUGUGGAGUCAGAAUGUCACAGCAGUCCCAAAUUGGAGAGAGACUGCCAGAGUGCCAAGCCAUCAAGUACAAUGAUGAGCUGGAGUGCCGGUGAAAUGCCGUAUGCAAAAUCUGUAAGUGCCAUCGAGACAAAAACGGAUUUGGAAUUAGCACUUUCUCCCAUUCAUGACAGCAGUAACAUUCCUCCCACUGGAAGCAACUACAUGACCCUCCCUAGAAAAUGCUUCUCUAGGGAAAUCUCUUGGGAGGCAAGAGAACCGGAUAUAAAUAAUGAGACCAUGACCAUUGACGAGGUCAGUUUCUGUCAGUCCAAUCAUUGGGCUGUAAAUUCUAGUGCUACAUCUGAAGAACACCUCUGUAAAAGAAACUGUAAAAGAAAUUUCCACUUGGUUGACUCCAGUCCUUGUCAGGAAAUUAUACAAAGUAAAAAAAACUGUAUAGAAUAUGAAGCCAAUAAGGAAAAGACAGGCUGUUGUGCAAAUCAAGCUACAGGCUUGACAGCCCAAGUCCAGAACCUGAAGCUAUCAGUGUGCAAAAGUCAGCACCAUGACUAUGCUAAUAAGGAGAACACUGUCACCUAUUUAACUGACAGACCAACAAUAGCAAAGAACCUCAUGUCUGAGCUCGACGAAGACUGUGAGCUGAGCAGUAAAAAGGACUGCCUCCAUUCUAAUUCCGUAUGUUCUGAUGAGGAUAGAGCUCCUAAAACUGUCUGUGUAGACUCCGAUUCAUCUUUUCCGGGAGUGUCUAUGAUGGAAAGUUCACUGGAGAUUCAGGCCUUAGAGCCAGAUAAAAGCAUCAGAGACUACUCUUUUGAAGAACCAAAUACUGAAGAUCUACUUAUGUUACCAAAAUGCCAAGAAAAUUCUCUGCCAAAAGAUGACUGGCAUGCUUCUAUCCAAGACAGUAACCAAAUGUUAGCUCCUCCUUCAAAGGCGCCAAAAACAUUCGCCUCUAAAACCAAUGUCGUGGCUUUUCGAAGUUUUAGCAGUCACAUUAAUGCAUCCAGUAAUUCAGAACCAUCCAAAGUGAGCACAACUUCUUUAGACGCUAUGGACAUUUCCUGUGACUACAGUGGUUCGUGUCCCAUGGCUGUGACCCCUACUGAGAAAGGGAGGGCCUGCGUGUCACAUCAGCAGACUCCGAGUCAGGUCAAGUUGGGAACAUCAUACAGAACUCCAAAGAGUGUGAGAAGAGGGCCACCCCCAGUAGACGAUGGACGGAUUCUAGGAACCCCGGAUUACCUGGCACCUGAGCUCCUACUGGGAGCCGCCCAUGGUCCUGCAGUAGACUGGUGGGCACUUGGAGUCUGCUUGUUUGAAUUUCUAACAGGAAUCCCCCCUUUCAAUGAUGAAACACCACAGCAAGUAUUCCAGAAUAUUCUAAAAAGAGAUAUCCCGUGGCCAGAAGGUGAAGAAAAGCUAUCUGAUAAGUCUCAAAGUGCGAUGGAUAUGCUGUUAACCAUUGAUGACACAAAGAGAGCUGGGAUGAAAGAACUGAAACAUCAUCCUCUCUUCAGUGAAGUGGACUGGGAGAAUCUGCAGCAUCAGACUAUGCCUUUCGUGCCCCAACCAGACAACGAAACAGAUACAUCCUACUUUGAAGCCAGGAACAACGCUCAGCAUCUGACCAUAUCUGGGUUCAGUCUGUAGCACAUGCAUUCCAUUUCUAUCUAACUUGUGAUAUAGAAUUUUAACACUAGAUUCAUCUACACGGAAUAAGUCAUUAUUGUACCGAGGCUAAACAGUUUUAAUGAGUACAACAGCUUUUACAGAGUUAAAAUACUGUAAAAAAUAUGAACAGUAACUAAUCUCUACCUUAGAACUGUACAUGAAGCAUCAUAGCCUUUUUCAUCUUAUUUAUUCACUGCACUUUAUGAAGAGCAAUGUCUCAAUAAACUAAAACAGCACUACCACUCUAAACAGAAGGAUGAACCAUA